AUGGCUCGAUAUGGUGGCAUGCCGCCGCCAAACAACAACGGCUAUGGGGGCCUCUCAAUCCCAGGCCAGGAAUAUGACGGCGAUUACUCGCAAGGCUACGGGGGCCAGAGACCUAUGGUGCCUGCUCAGUCCCCCCUAAGAUCCCCGCCCGCUUCGAACACUAUACACAACGUACCCUCGAGAUCCCGCAUGCGAUCCGAAACAAAUGCCGAGCGCCAAAUUGCCCAAGUCCUAGAGCAUAUCCACACGGAAUGGCCGUCGAUGUAUGAGGGCGAUGUUGCUCCCGUGCAGCUUGCCCUACAGCUUCUCGAUACCAGCUCUGUUGGGAAGGCCCACGAGUAUGACAAGUUCCGGCAGACGCACAGCUAUCUUCAAGACUCAUUGAAGGGGAUCGUACACGAGCAUCACCAGGGCUUUAACAGCUCCAUCGGCACAUUCCACAAAAUUCAAACCAGCAUACAAGUUUCACAGAAGCGUGUUCGAGCGCUCAAAGAGUCUCUGGUCACCUCGAAAGUCACACUCUCUACCACCGACCCCGAGUUAUUGAAACUAUCCAAGACAUCCCAAACCUAUGACGAGUUAAUCCAGACUUUGAACGAGCUGGAUGAGUUGCGCUCCGUCCCCGAUCAACUGGAAGCACGGAUCUCAGAGAAGCGAUUCCUCACAGCCGUCGAGGUGCUGCAUAAUGCAUUGAGGAAACUCAGGAAGCCCGAGCUGGAUGGUAUAGGCGCUUUAAGCGACCUGAGAAACUACCUAUCCAACCAAGAAACCUCCUUGAUGGAUACGCUUGUUGAGGAACUGCAUGAACAUCUCUACCUAAAGUCCCCAUACUGCCAGGACCGCUGGCAAAACCUGGCCAAAACCCACCAAGAUGGCUAUUCAGAUGGCACGACUAUUGUACCCUUCCACGUGGCCCUUGAUAGCCUCGAGAUCGACAAAUCUGCUACCGAGGACCCAAUGAAGAACCCCGAGGCAGACACUUUCUACUACGUGACUUUGAUUGUUGAAGCAUUGAACAAGCUCGGCAGGCUGCAGAACGCUGUUGAGACCUUGAAACACAGGAUGCCAGUCGAGCUGUUUGGUAUUGUAAGCGAGACUAUUAAUGAAGUUGACCAGCGCCACCCAAGCUCCUUACGUGGAAGUUCUUCCAAGCAGGACGGUCUCCAUGUUUACGGGGCUCGCGAGACCAGACUGCGGGCGGAUGUGAUAUACGAUCUACUGUGGACAUUGUACGGGAAAUUCGAAGCCAUUUCUGAGGGUCAGCGUGUGUUUCAUGAAUCGAUCAAGGCACUUAUACGCCGCGAGGGCGCUGGAAACAACAGUGUCCUUUUGGGCAGUUUCAAGGAACUGUGGAAUCUCUACCAAAAUGAGAUCCGGUCACUUCUCCACAAUUAUGUCACGACUGAUGCUGAUGUAUAUCAAUUUGAUUCUCCCAGUCAUGGAGCUUCUAAUACUGGCCGGAAAGAUGGCUCACGAGAGAAUCUCUUCAAGUUCUCUGAAGUUGACCCCAAGUCGGAUGGCAUGACGGUAGAGUAUGAGGCACUUGAGAGUAUUAUCCAAGCUACCGUACCGGGUCUUACCAGUGGCACGCGAAAGAACCAAGAUGCGAACAAGAAAAGCCGCCAGUUGCUGGAUGAAGGCACCAACCCUCGAAGGGGAACCGGGUAUGGCAACAAUUCUCAACAGCAACCUGGAUCAUACAGGUCAUUGGUUGAGCCAAGUGUUUUCAACAUGAGCCUUCUACUCCCCCCGACACUUGUCUUCCUUCAGAGGCUGAAGGGUGUUGUGCCACCUGGUUCAGACCUUGCCACCAGUACACUCACCACCUUCCUGGACAACUUCUUGGUCAAUGUGUUCCAACCACAACUGGACGAGACACUUGGGAAACUUAGCGAUACAGUGUUUGGUGAAUUGGACUCUUUCUCGCAAGAUCCUGCUUGGAGUCAAGUUGCGAGACGCCCUGUUUUCAAAGGCACCACCGCCUUUUUUGAAGUCGUGACAGCCUUCUGCCGGAUGCUUGGCACCAUCCCUCCUGACCAGGCACUGAGUUCUCUGAUCGUAACCCAGAUGAUGCGAUAUUAUGACCGUUGCUUCAGCUGGUUCAAGUCAUUGGUAACCCAGACACAAGACGAGGCCUCUGACGACGCGAAGCUCCGAGCGUCUGCCCGUCUGGCUAUCGACCCGGGAGACAUUCGUGAGACAAUGCAGCAGAUUUGGGAGGCAGAGGAGGACGACAAAGAUCUUGCCCAGAAGGAAAUUUCUCUCUUAAUUGAGCAGACCAACAAGACCCGACUGCUUAUGAGCGAUAUCAUCCAGGAUCAUGAUACACUUUCAGCCCUGUGUCUGUUGUACACGAGUAUGAAAUGGCUUGCUGGAAAGAUCUCCGGGCUGAGGCACAUCACAACCCACGAGACCGACUCAUCCCGGCAGAAUAUCUCUCGACAGUCAGGCCGACGGUGGACGUUGAUGAAUGACCCCAACAGAGCAACGUCCUCCCAGGGACCUGUACAGCUGCCAUUGACCCAAGACACAGCCCAAGCAUUCGACAGCAUUGUUUCUUCAUUCGAAGAGCUUGCUGGCACGGCCCUAUUGACUCUCCAUAUGGAAGUUCGCUGCAGAAUCGUGCACUCCUUACGAAUUGCCAUGUCACCCGAUGUUGCACCAUAUCUACUGGACCAAGACGUGACUGCGCCGGACCCCCAAAUCCUGAGCCUCAACUCAGAAUUGGUCGUCUUCGACGAGAUUAUCGAGAGGUAUCUCCGGGACAGCGAAAUCAAGUUCAUCAGGACCGGCCUCGGCCUGCUCAUCAACUCUUACCUCGUCGGAAAUGCCAAGAUGGUGUCACCGAUGAAUGCAAAGGGAUCCGCGCGCAUGCAGCUCAACAUCCUCGUUCUACAACAGAACUUGAAGAACAUCGAGGACGCGGUAGACCUGGCCAGAUCCUCCAACUAUUACACACUCUUCGACAGAGGCGCGGACGAGGUUGCGGAGAGAGCCAAGGAAGCCAAAUCCGCCGGCAUCCGGGCAGAUCCCUACAGUGCAAGCAUCUUCUCAUUCGAAGAGCUUCGUGCGCUGAUCGAACUCUGCUUUAGUGAGCAACUAGCGCACCCGGAGCGAGGCAUGGCGUCAAUGGCAAAGAGGAAGCUGGAUGAGAAGCUCCAGGAGCUGAAUGGCUAA